AUGAGCGGAACCCCACCAGCUGCCAAGGCUGAGCAGAUGGCCGCGGGCCAGCCUCGUAUCCCACUCACACUCCCCGAGAGCUUCAUGAUUGGUGGUCUCGCGGGAUGUGCGGCCGUCACUGUCACCAACGUCGCCGAGACGAUGAAGACGAGACUGCAGCUGCAGGGCGAGCUGGUCAAGGCGGACGCGAAUGUGGAGAAGGUGUACAAGAACGUCUUUGACGUGUUCAAGAAGACGUGGAAGAACGAGGGUAUCCGCGGCCUGCAGCGUGGCCUGUUCCCGGCUUAUGGAUACCAGAUCCUGCUGAAUGGAUCGCGUCUUGGCUUCUACGAGCCGGUGCGUCACGUCUUGAACCGAGCGAUCGGCCGCAACCCCGACGACGUCAUUUUCGGCACUGCCAUCACGGCCGGCGCCAUCACGGGCUGUAUCGGGGCGUGUCUCGGCAGCCCGCUGUUCCUGAUCAAGGCGCGGAUGCAGGCCUACUCGCCCGCGCUGCCGGUGGGCACGCAGCACUACUACCGCAACAGCUACGACGCGAUGCAGAAGAUUGUGGCGACGGACGGCGUGCGCGGGCUCUGGCGCGGCGUAUCCGCCGCCAUCCUGCGCACGUGCUGUGGAUCCGCCGUCCAGCUCCCUUCCUACAACUACACCAAGACGGUGCUCUCCAACUAUGGCAUCAUCGAUCCGAACAGCUUUUGGAUGUACAUGGCCGCGUCGUCUGUCAGUGGCGUCGUCGUGUGCGCCGCCAUGCAGCCUGCCGACACGGUGCUCACGCGCAUGUACAACCAGCCCAUCAUCGUCGACCCCGUCACGGGCAAGAGGAGGGGGGCGCUGUACACCAACCCCUUCGACUGUCUCUGGAAGACGGCAAAGACAGAGGGCGUCCUCGGAUGGUACAAGGGCACGACGGCGCACUUCCUCCGCAUCGCGCCGCAUACCAUCAUCACCCUCGUCGCCAACGAGCUCAUUGGAAAGGAGUACAAGAAGUGGACUGGAAGGGGAUAA